CAUCCAUUGAGAAUGGACAUCCACUCAUGCUCGCCGAAAGUAUUUCGCUUCCCUUUUCUGUUCGGUGUUCCAUGAAAUUGGAGUGAAAAAUGAAGCUUAACGUGUCUUUCCCGGCCACUGGAUGCCAAAAAUUAUACGAAGUUGUGGAUGAGCACAAGCUGCGCAUCUUUUAUGAGAAACGAAUGGGACAGAUUGUGGAAGCUGAUGUGCUCGGAGAUGAAUGGAAGGGUUAUCAUCUGCGCAUCGCUGGCGGAAAUGAUAAACAAGGUUUCCCAAUGAAACAAGGAGUACUGUCCCAUGGUCGUGUACGUUUAUUGCUGAAAAAGGGUCACUCUUGCUACAGACCUCGCCGCACUGGUGAGAGAAAACGGAAAUCGGUUCGCGGUUGCAUUGUCGACGCUAACAUGUCGGUUUUAGCUCUCGUUAUUGUAAAGAAAGGCGAACAAGAACUUGCCGGUCUCACUGACACAACUGUUCCAAGGAGGCUUGGUCCUAAAAGAGCUAGUAAAAUUCGCAAACUUUACAAUUUGACCAAGGAUGAUGAUGUGCGCCGCUUUGUGGUUCGCCGCCCAUUGCCCGCCAAGGAUAAUAAAAAAGCAACAUCCAAAGCCCCGAAAAUCCAGCGUCUUGUUACUCCAGUCGUCCUACAAAGAAAGCGUAGACGCAUUGCUUUGAAGAAGAAACGCCAAACUGCUUCCAAGGAGGCCGCUGCUGAUUAUGCUAAAUUGUUAGCACAGCGUAAGAAGGAAUCCAAAGCUAAACGCGAAGAGGCAAAGAGACGCCGGUCUGCUUCUUUGAGAGAAUCAAAGAGCUCAAUUUCAAGUGACAAAAAGUAAAUAUUUUAAAACGGUUCUGAAAUAAAGGAUUGAAAUAUUUUAAUCUUCUUGGUGUUAAUAUUUGGUGACCUUUAAAAUAUACAUUUAAAUGUGGUUCUACGCUACUAAAUGAA